GACUGGGGUGAUUUGUUUAUGUUUAUUGUUUACUAACUUUACUUCGGAGUUUGGUUUGGAGUCAAAUCAAUCAAUCAAUCAAUCAUUCAAAAAUCAAAAUGAGAAAUUAUUGAAAGGGCAUGGAGCCGGUGUUUAGUCUGAAACAUCUGAGUAAUGGGAAAGAUAAGACGAAAAAUAGCUUAACAGAUACUUCUUCCUUUCCUUCUACUGCUUAUGACUAUUUAAAACAUGUACAAGAUGAAGCUGCAUGUUGUCCAGAUAUUGUUGUUGCCACUAUGGACUGUAGUGUUUUUAGUGCAAAUCAAGAUCCAAAUUUCACAACUGUGGAGGCAAUAAAAACAUCAGAAGACAACAAAGUGCCAUCGGCAGAGUGGAAAAAUGAACAGGUUUCUGCUUUUGCUGAAAUCAGACAGUUUUUAGCUCAUCAAAAAGCAUUGUUUAAAGAAAAAAAAAUAAAGAAAAGGAAAUUGCCUGAUGCAGAGAAUGAACAUCGUUGGUUUCAAUUUUGCAUUGGCAAUAAUAUACAACUAAGCAACAACCAAUGUGAAGAAGAAACAGAAGGUGCUGGUGAAGAUGUCCAGGAUGAAGUGAGAUUAUCUCCAAAAUAUGAGGAUAAUUCUGGAACACCAGCGCUUUUAAGUAUUAUUUGUCAAAUGAAUCAGUCAACUGUGUUAAUGGUUUUGGAUCAUCACAUCAACUGGUUGAAAAGACAACCAUUUACUGUGUUGCAGGGACAAUGGAUUUAUGCCUUACUCACGGCCAUUGAGAAACCUCUUCUUCCAGACUCAACAUACUCCCUUCGAACAUUAGCAAGAUUGUGUUCAAAGCAAAAAGAAAAGUUGACCCCAGAACAGAAAGAUGAAAGAGCAGCUCUAUAUCUGAUCAUCCUUCUAGUUAUGAGAUAUUUUGGACAGAGUGAUUUGGCGGGACCGGCGUCAUGACAUUUGUUUCCUCCGCUUGAGGAAAAAAAUCUCACAAAGUCAGAAAAUGGAUGUAAAUUUAACUGACAUACAAACCUUAAGGCUUAAAAUAUUUCAAUAAGCACGACAAAUGGACUAUGGACAAAAGAAGCAAUUAAUUAUAAAUUCUACUUUGUCGUUUGGGGUAUAUAAAUGUGAAAAUGGUUUUCACUGAGCUUGUACAAUAAUUCAAGAACAGAGAAAAUGAUAUCUGUUCUGCUAUGACCCUGGCUAUAACUGUAGUUUUCACGGAAACCACGGAAAUGUAUCGAUCAAUCUGAAAGUUAGCUACA